AUGAAUGAUCGAAUCAGUCGCCCUGUGAAAGCUGCCUGUCUAGCCUGUCGCGCUUCGAAAACACGCUGUGAUGGACAAAACCCGUGCCGACCGUGCAUCUUAAAAGAUCGAAUUUGCACCUACAGACCCAGUAGAAGGGGCGGGCCACGUCGGGGUCUUCGACGGUCGGCUGUCGAGUCACCGCUACCACCGUCACAGGCCGCAGCAAUAAUCCACGCUCCGCAGUCUACGCCUUCACUGACAGAUGAGUCCACUCUCACGCCGGUGGACUCCAAUCUCUGGAAUUCCGCGACCUCUUUUUCUUCUCUUGGCAGGAACCAGGAUUCAAAUCGAGCCCUGAAAGACGUUUGGUCCCCUCCGCAUACGGAGACACAGAGCGAACUCCAAGGGCCGGUUCUACGGGUCUAUGCGUCCGAAGAAGAAAUACAAUCCACACGUCUUCCAGCCCUCACAUGGAGUGGUCGGCACAGUGGAGCUAUCCUGUCUGCCCUACCAGCCGACAUCCUCGCUGAGCCUAGCCUUAUCUGCCAUUCUGGCCAUGUACCACCUCCCCAAGAUCGGAAUCAAUCCGAGCCCUGCAGUGUGUGGCUACGACGAUCUUACGCACAUCUCUUUGCACAAGCCGCUCUCCGCAUGGCAGAGAAGGAGAUCGAGGACUUUUCAGGCGGCUGGACAAGCUCCGAUGGUUUGGCAGAAGGCCGAACUUUCCAUCCGCAAUUACCGACGCAGUUGCAUCCGAUUCUGGCUCUGGUCGUCCUCAGUGUAUAUGACUUGUGUCAAUGUGGCAAUAGAUCACGCAUGCGAAUGCGGGCUAAUCAAGCCAUCACCACAGCCAUGGAUUAUUCGCUUCACCAGCUCGACCAGAACGCAACAGAAGCAGAGCGUCGAGCAUGGUGGACUGCGGUCAUCGUCAUGUACCAUUCAUCGGCCUGCAAUGACUCGUCACCCAUCAUCAGCAUCAGUGAUUCGAGAAUAACCACUCCAUAUCCCAGAUUUGAUAUCCAGCGUAAAGUCUCAGAGCCUUGGUCGCUCUUAUUGAAAGCCCAGGAUGCCAUCGUCUCCGUCUGCGCUGUUAUGCGUCCACUAACUGCGAAGAGCCAAAACGGCUCACCGGCACUGGAUCUCCGGGAGCAGGCUUGUCGCCUUGACAGACACACACUAUCAUUAGCGGCGGAUUGUGACCUGGAGCCGGGAACAGUGGAAAAUGACCAAGCCGAAAACCUGGCCGUGUUGAGCCUUUGGAAGACUGCUUGUGCCAUGACUCAUACGGCUCGAGUUAGGCUCCAUCGUUACAGAGCCUUCUCCGACAUUCCCAUCUUUCUGGAGAAGCAUUGCGACCUUACUUUUCUCAAGCUGGAUGCUUUUCCAUCGCAGACCGCCUCGUUUGCGGCGCCGCCGGAUCUAGAUUCGAUCUUCCCCUUCACCCAGAACGAGUCAUCGAUCAUCUGCUUAAAGUCGUCCCUUGCUAUUUCGCGUGCCCUAGCAGGCCUACCCCACUCAGGACUCUUGCCUCUGGGUACAGUACAGAUGGACGAACGAAGGAUGGGCUCUAACACCGCAAGGUACACCGGAUCUCUGCCGUUUUUUAAAUGUGCCGCGAUGCAGGCCUCCUACGUGUUGUAUAUGUUGAUGCACCGGGUCCGGGCGGCGCUCUCAUCAAAACGCCUUUCGGUCUGCUAUCCGCUUCUAAACCACCCGGAGCCCGUGACCGAAGUUCAAGACGCAAACCGAUUGAUAGAGGAGCUCCGCAACGGGGCUCAUUCUCUGAUUGUCUGCAUGAAGCGGGACUUGAUAUUUGAAGGUAUUGGCGGCAUGAUACGUGAUCUUGACGCAGCCUAUUUCUCUCUUUUCCCACACUAA